GGCAGCGGCCUGAACGGGCGGAAGCCCGAUUUAGGCAAAGGGCCUCCGCGAACGUGGGGCCAGCACUGUGCUGAGCGGUCAGUACCGGGGAGAAACGCCCGGCGUCUGCAGCGCCCUCGCCUCAGCGGCGGCGGGGCGCGACGCAGGCGGUUCAGGGAGGGGCGUGGCCCCGCGAACACAGGUGAGGCCGGAGGGGGCGCGGCCUCGGCUUCCCCUUCAGGUGCGAGCGGCUCGAGGCGGCGGCGCCGUCGCUCUUCCACCAUGGCAGCCCCCGGAGGUCUGGGCCGCUGCGUGGCCGCCUUCUGGCUGGCGCUGGCCUUCGACGCGGUGGGUUUGGCGGUGCUGCUGGCCGGGGUGUUCGCCGACGUGUUCUUCGCCGACUUACUAAUCUACGCGGGCGGUAUCGGCAUCUUCCUCAGCCUCAUCUGGUGGGUGUUCUGGUACGCGGGCAACCUAGAGGUGUCGCCAGAGGAGCUGCGCGACGACGUGGGGCUGGCACCGCCCAAGGGCCGUGGGGAUAGCGUACUGCGGGGUUUGGUGCACAGCUUCAGCCUCCGCUUCUCUUCAGUUCUCGGCACCGCGUCUCCUUCCCGCCGCGCCGCCGACCUGGAGCUGCAGCGCCCCCGCGGCCCGCCGCGCCGCCCCGCCGACGGCAACAGGAUCUGCUGAAGACAAGCCUGUUGAAGUUAUUGCCUCUAAAAGAGGUGAAACUGCUACAAUUCAUGGAAGGAGAAAUCUAUAUUCCAUGCAGUAACAUUCUUUCAUAUGGAAUAAUUUCUGCAAUCACAGUGGACUUUAUAUGAAGUGGAUGCAUAGACCUAUAUCUCUGCCAAAUGCACCUAUUUCAGCGUUGGAUUGGAUCACAUCUGGUUGUUAUUUGUUUUUUUGUUUGUUUGUUUCAUCAUUUCAAAACUUAAAAUUGACUUUCCAAGAAGCGAGAACUAAAAAGGAAACCAACCCAAUCCACAGAAGAAAUAACUGCAGCAUGUUAUACAUAAUUACCUUUCAUAAUGACCCAGGAAUGUUUGGAUAAAAAGCUCUUGCACAGUGAAAAGCUUUUGCACUGUUUUUCUAAGGUCUGGAAGUUAAACUCACUGUGAAUUUUAUAUGAUGUCAGUGCAAUACUUUUAUUUGUAAGGGUGCUUUUAAAAUACCUGUGUAAAACUACUGGUGCAGUUAUGAAUGCAGAAGUUGUUAAUAGUGUAAAUACAAGAUUUACAGUGACUCCUAUGAAGUUUCAUCAUUAUUUGGGAAUAGCUUGGAAUUUGAGGUUUUAUAAGUACGCAAGUAAAAAUAGUGAUGUUGGCAUUCCAAUUCUUUCUUCAUAGUUACAUGUAAUGUAAUAUGAUAAGAGGAGGCUUUUGAAUUCAGUUAUGAUACAAUAACUUUUUCUAACGCUGAAGCAUUAAAAGAACUGUAGACUAAAAAGCACUCUGAUGCUUUACAAAAUUCUACCAAAUUUAUAUGUAGAUGCAAUUGAAAUUAGAAGAAGCCUGUAUAAAAGAUUAAUAUUAAAGUUAAUGAUACCUAAAACUCAUGUAUGUGAUAAAUUUUUGUGUUCCUCUGUUUCUUCAGUAACACAAAGAGUUUGAGACCACCAUUGGCACUUAUGGUAGGCCUUGCGCUUUUAAUGCAUGAUUGUUUUUAUGCUGUACCUUACUGAAUACAAGAGGUGGAUUUAACAAGAGUUUUUACUCAGAAUACUGUGGCUGCAUUUCCUCGUGAGCCCAUUAAAUAUCUUUAAAUGCUCUCUUGAAAAUUACUGGACUAACUUCUACAUGCAUUCUAUUUCUUUAAAUAUUUUCCAAAUGCUCUCAGUCUUUUGUAAGACUGACACAUAGACACUAGAUGUGGGAAUCUAUAAUUUCUUUACUAAAAGCAGAUGUUAGGAGUUAGAGCUGUAUCCUCCUUUUAGAGAACUGCAGUGUGACACCACUAUUUUUAUUACAGUGGUCUGAUUAAAAAACAAACAAAACCCACCUCCCUAAAACCUACAUGUUAUGAUUUCAAUGUCUUUUCCAAGGCAAUUUUUCAUUUCUCUGUGCUGAAAAGUUAUUUUUCCUGACUUACCUGUAGCUUCAAUUGUUAAACUAAGUUUUGAGACGUAAAAUGUCUAGUGAGUAGAGUAGCAGUUAUAAAUUAACCCAAAAUUUGUGCAGCCAUUUGUGUACUAGCUCUGAUGACAGUUUUCUCUAAUGUAGUGUUGCAGUUAUAAAUAUCAAAGGAAACUGAGUAGGGCUUUAAAUUUACUGCACGUUACGAUUGAUCUUCUAUCCAGUAUCAGAUACUUAGUGAUUGUGAUGGAUGGUUGUUAGAAUGUCAUUUGGCUGCAGAGGGUGUUGCUCUAAUUAUAUGAGAUUCAAAUGUUUACAAUUAUUAAUAGUAUGUACAAUUUAAUUUUAAAUAUAGGAGCUGGCACAUAAAAAAAAAUAAAAAUUAUGUGUUCUUCAUAGAGGAGUACCAUGAUGUUACUAAUGAUGUAUAUCUAAACAAGGAGGUAAAAAGUACUUGCUGUGGAGCAGUGGCAUUAUAAGCUAUGAUUUGAGUUUGUUGGGAUUUUUUUGUUUGUUUGUUUUUAUUUUUUAAUAUCAAAUAGUUACUCUGUCAUGCAGCCUAUUGUUUGCAUUCUGCAUAACAAAGAUUAAUACUAAAUAGAAGCUGGCAACUUGAUUGUUAGCAGUUAAACAUUAACAGAUGUUUAGUGUUAUCUUAAUUUCCUGGUGUCCUUGUCAGUUGUAGCUCAAUGCAGCACAAAGUCCAUGCAAGGAACAUUUACACUGU